AUGGAGGACUUGAUAUCUAUAAGAAGUGAUCCUAGCCAAGGUAUAUGCUGGUCAAUAACUAAGAUUGGGGAUUCGCAAUCCGGAAAUUCUUUUUUACAAUGGAGAUGCAAUUGUUGGAGUAUUCAGGAUGAUUUUGCAUUAGAAUGGGAUAUAAACUUACCCUACAAUAUAUUACGACAAAUUAGAAUAGAACCAAAUUUACUAGCAAAUCAUAUAUCUUGUAUUAAGAGUGGAAGUUUUGUCUUUGCAAUUGUAGUAUGGUCUACUACUUAUAUUUGGGUAUACUGUCACGAUAUAGCAGAAUUUUCUAGACUAUCAGGUCAGGGUUUAAGUGUAUCUAUUGAACCUAAUAUACAUAAAUUAGAUGGCUAUCAAAUUGAUGAAGAAGUACUAAAUAGUGGUAUAAUUGAAGUAUCUUUACCAAUUAUUGCCAGUUUUAGUGAUUGUCAAUGCAUUGCUAUAUCAGAUAAGCUAUCAAUUCAUACAAUACGUUUAGUUACUAAACAACAAGAAAAUAUUCCCUACAGUUUAUUUGUAUCCUCUAAUUGGUGGGAAUUAGCUACUUAUAAUGAACUAUUUUUGAGUCAAGAUAAUAAAGUGCGGAAUAUUGAAAAGUACUCAAAUGUUAAGAAAGCAUAUAGUACUUUGAAAAGUAUGCUUAGAUCUUUCAGUUGGAAUAGCAAUUGUGGAGAUACUAUGAAUAAAGUUAUAGAUCCAAAUAGAGAUACUAAUUUUGAUAUAUUGAAAUUUGAUCAUUCAUUGAAAGCAAGUAAUAUUGAAAAAGAGAGACGAGAAAAUCUUGGAAAAUUUACUUUAUCUAAAAGUGACAACAAUAUCUUGAUAAUACCUUUUCCUUCAUGUUAUUCAAAGUGGAAUAUUUCAUUUUUGUGCUUUCUUAUAUUUGAAAAAAUAAAUACUCAAGAAAAAGAAAAUAUCUUAGUGUUAUUCAGACAUGAUACUUUUGGAGUUAUUGAGUUUUGUUGGUCUAUUACAUUACCUUAUUCAAAUAAAGAUAAUUUUUUUAGUCUUAUUGCUAUUCCAUAUACAGAGAAUACUUAUUGUAAAAAUAUAAUCACAAAAUCAACUAUGCAAUCUCAUUUAUCUCUUGCUUUACAUUCUUCUCUUCCAUUUGGACUUUUUGUUGUUUAUAAGUCAUUUAUAAGCAAUCAAUUCAGUUUAAAUGUUAUGCAGUUAAUUACUCAGAAAGGAAAUAUAGCCAUUUAUGAUCAUUUAAGAACCGAAAAGAAGGCUCAUCCAUUAUUAUCCUGGACAUUGAAGCCCAAUUUCAAUUUUAAAUCAUUAGUAACUAUUCUUAAUUUGAAUACAAGUGACAAUUUAAAUAUUGAUAUUGUAUAUCCAGGUAUUGAAUACAAAUUUAAUGAUUCAAAUAUAGAAAAUAAUGAAUCUAAUAGUGAUGUUGCAGAUCAAAUUAAAUUUAAAAUAUCUGACUUUAAGAGUUUCAAUUGUAUUUUAAUUGUUGGACAUAAAGUUCAUACCCUUUCACUUGCAAAUAAUGGACAUGAAGUUAUAUGUAAUAAACUUGUAGAACAUCCAGAAAAUCAUAAAAUGUACCAUGUUACUUACUUCAGGAAUAUUUUAUAUAUACUUACUACAAAUCAACCACUUCCAUUACGUAUUGACUUAUCGAAUAUUAGUAAUUUCUCAAUGGAAUUCUUUAAUUUACAUAGGACGUCAAUAGAUGAAUAUACUAGAGAUAACUCAGAUAUUGAAUUUAAUGAACUAUUAUCUUGUUAUAAGAAUUUAAGAAAUGGGGAUAAUAUAACAGAGAUGUUUAGUGAAGAUCAAAAUUUAUUAGAUUUAUGUUAUCAAGAAAUAUACAGAUUAAAUACAAUGAAUGAUCCUCCUGAUCAAAAUAUACUCAAUAAGAUUCUAAUGCAACUUAUUAAGGAUAUUUCCUUGAAAAAGGUAGAGGGGGAAUCUCAAAUAAAUUUUUUAGAAAGAAAUCGAUAUACUCAACUAUUAAUUUUGGUUGGUAAAGUAAUAAAUCUACAUAAGGACUAUCUAAACAUGGAUCUAAUAAACCUCUGGGGUAAAUGCUGCAUUAUUAUAGAUUCAGAGUAUUGGGAAAAUCAUAUCUAUAAUAAAGAUUGGAUAUCACAUAUAUCCGGUACUUGUUUAUGUCAAAUUACUUCUGAAUAUCCUAAUCUAUUAUCUUUUAUAAAACAAAAUUUUGACCUAGCUGAAGCUCUAAAAUAG